AUGGGUGGAGCUCCAUUCCAAAUCGCAAUAGAAACACCAGAGUCUGUGAAAUCUAACUCAAUACAUAGAGUUUCAGUUGGUCAGAAGUCUAUUAACCUAUUUGCACACUCAUAUCUAGGAUAUGGAGUAGAUGAAGGGCUUAGGAAAGUAUCAAGAUCCAUAUCUGCUGUUCUAGAUCAAUCUCAAAUACAAAAUCCUUGUGUUCAAAAUGGAUAUCAUACAAAAAUAGAAUCAAUCGAUGUGGAAGGGACAGGUAACUUCUCUUCAUGCUCAAGAUUGAUUAAUGCCAUGCUUUUGAAAUCAGUUGAAUUCAAUUCUAUAUCAGUACCAAAUUUAGAGUAUAUUGAUAGAUUUGUUGCUAUGUCUUCAAUAUACUAUACAAACAAAUUCUUCAAUUUAUCACGAUCAUCAACACUUAAAGAGCUUAAAACACAAGCUUUAGAUUUUUGCCGGAAAGACUGGUCACUGCUUCCAGAUCACAUCACAAAUAUUAGUUAUUCUCCAACAUACUGCUGGAAAGGUACCUAUCAAUACAAUGUUCUUUCAAAAGGGUAUAAAUUUAAAGAUUCCAACGUUGUAAUCGAUAAAGAAAAUAAAAUCAAUGGCGUUGAUUUGAGUUGGACUGUUGGUUCGAUGCUUAGCGAGAUUACUGAAAUAGAAAUUGAUGAUCAAGAAAAAUUGACAUUUAAAGACUUCUUUAUUGCAGCAUUGUCUGUUGCAAUUUGUUGUAUUUUAUUAUAUAUUGCCGGGUUUAAGCGCUUCAAUUGGCUUUAUAUACGAAAAACCCGCAAAAUGUUAUAA